UUGAAACACCCUUCACCCCACUUUAGGUAAAGGCCUUCUGGAACUAUUACAACAGUAAAUCCUAAUAAAAGGUAGUUCUUGCUUGUGGCGCCUCCUAAGCGGCGCACAGUAUCGGUGGUCCACGCUCACGACAGCGGCUACCUUGGGCUGAAGGUAACGGGAGUUUUCACGCCAGUCAAGAAACUUUAUUCACUCCCCGAGAAUCGAGUGUAGCGGAAAAAUCAGUUGGCGCGGCCAAGACUGCUGGAGUUCGCUAUGUUUCCCAUCAGUUGGAGGCUUCAUUGGUGUUCCCUGGUUCUCAUUUUCAUUACCCUGUUCGCCGUAGUGUCCAGAACCGGCGCUAAAGAUGCCUGGGAGCGACCUGGCUGCCAUAAAGUUGGUCACACACGUAAGAUCAGCAUCCCAGACUGUGUAGAGUUUCACAUCACAACAAACGCUUGUCGAGGUUACUGCGAAUCUUGGGCUGUACCUUCUGCAAUUGACACGCUGAGAGUCAACCCCCAUCAAACCAUCACUUCUGUGGGCCAGUGUUGCAACAUCAUGGACACCGAGGACGUGGAGGUUCGGGUCAUGUGUCUGGAUGGAACUCGAGACUUGGUUUUCAAAUCAGCAAAGAGCUGCUCCUGCUAUCACUGCAAGAAGGAUUAAUCGUUCGGAAAGAAUAACAUGGAAUUCAUUUAUCCUCAUUUUGACCUGCACUCUGCUUUGCUUCACUUUUUUCCUGGACGGAUGAGAAAGAAAAUUCAACACAAAACAGACACUGGACCAAAGAAAACAUAAAAUUUAAAUUUACAAAUUACGAUAUUUUGUUGAUUUGUCAAAUGAUUCUAAUGUCUUUAAUUAAUAUUUUAACACCCCAAUCAGUAUGGAUGUAUUGUGGCUCCAGUAAAGUGUAUAUUGUAUUGUACAGACUGAAAUAAAAUUACACUGUUGAUAUAUGUCAAGCACAUGAA